GAGCCAAGCAAAGAAGCUGUGCAGUAAGAAAUAAUGAGCAGGAAACUUUCAGUUAUGGCUAUACUUAUCCCCAUCCUUACUUUCCUUCUCCAUCGGAAACUUGUUUAUGGAGCUUCUCCUGUCUGUCGUCCUGGCCGAUAUAACUCUAAUUGUCAAUGUCCCGAGUAUAAUCUUAAUUGUAAAAUGGGAAAAUCUGAAAUAGAAUGUGACGGAAAUCAAACUCUGCCUUGCUAUGAGUUGGAUGCCAUUAGAACUUUCAUAAACAGGUUUCCAUCAACAUCUUACUUCGAUGCUUUACACUGUCAAAACAGCAGCAAUCUGGAGCCUGGUGCGGAAAUAAGGUGUGAUUGUAUGUUCAAGGAUACCAAGAGCAACAUCACUUGCCACAUAACUGAAAUAAAUAUAAAGAGUACACUAAGUGGUCCUAUUGAUGACGCAAUAAGUAGGCUUCAAUACUUGCAAAUUCUUGAUCUUUCUGGCCAUCAAUUGACCGGAACCCUACCGAAAAGCCUGGGAAAUUUAACUAAUCUCAAAAAUCUAGAUUUGAGCAACAACCAGCUUGAUGGUACUAUUCCUAGUAGCUUCCAACAUUUAAAGUUGCUCGAAGAAUUGCGUCUUUCAAACAAUUACUUGGAUGGUCCAAUCACUAGCUUGGGCAAUUUGCAAAAUUUGAAUACACUCGAUCUGAGCUUCAACUUCUUCAAUCAGCAAAUACCUGCAUCAUUUGGUAACCUCUCAUUGCUACAGUACCUGUAAGGCCCUUUCCUUUCUUUUUCUUUCUUUUCUUUUCUUUCCGGCGCAAUAUAAUUGUAAUUAUAUAUAUAU